GAUCUCAGGCCUCUGCCCGACGUGGCGAUGACCGGUAACUGCACCCGUGAGUGCACCGAGUUCGGCCACUCGGACUCCUGCUGGAUGCCCGGCCAGCCUUCCCCCAACCGCAAGCUUUCCAAGAGCGCCCCCAAGCUCUCCACCUUCGUGCCUUACCAGGAGAUGGACGGCCAGGAGCACCUGAUGGCCAACGGCAGCCCCAAGCCCAUGAUGGCCGAGGAGCGUGGACCGGGCGGUGCCGGCGGGUCCAAAGUGGCCAACAUGAGGUUCAUGACCCCCUACAGCAGUGCCUACCCCGGGAGCGCAGACUCGUCUAAAGACUGUGGUCUGGAAGAGAUCCCUCUGAGCCAGGCAGCAGAGUACCACUCAGCUACCACCCCCACUGGCCAGACCUCAAAGAGGGAGAUCUACCUGUGAGGGUCCGGCUCUCAACCUUCACCCCCCUCCCCCCAACCAUGUGACGCCUGCCUCAUCCUGACGGUGGUCCCGCCCCACCUUCCACCCCCUGACAGCUGCCCCCUGUGCCUAGAAGUGCCGGUGCUG